AUGGAGGUUUGCCAGAGCGGAUACUACACAGAAGACUUCAGGACGCAGGAAGUGCCAGCUGGUUUCGACUUUGCAUCUUAUGGUGAGUUUACCGAGCGGCUGAAGGACAGAGGAAACAUGUUCGCAGACAGUGUCAUCACAUCUAACUCAGUACAAAGUGAAACAGAUCAGAGCUACUUUGACUCAGAUGCACAGAGACAGUCCUCGUCCUUUUGGUCUGAAUAUCAGUCCCCCAACUUCGCUGCCCCUCCAUCACACCCAUCUAUGGCCUCAUGUCCCUCAAACCCCGGCCUCCAAUCCUCAGAGCAGUACUGCCCCCGUGUGGUGAAACGAAAAAACACCCCUCCACAGAGGCUGGACAGGGAGGGGCAGAUGACAGGAAUGUCGGCUUAUCCAGGUUCCGGUCCAAUCCAGCUGUGGCAAUUUUUACUGGAGCUUCUGCUGGACUCUGCCUGCCGCACUUUCAUCUCCUGGACUGGAGACGGGUGGGAGUUCAAGAUGUCUGACCCCACAGAGGUGGCGAAGCGCUGGGGUCAGUGCAAGAACAAACCAAAGAUGAACUACGAGAAGCUGAGCCGUGGCCUGCGUUACUACUACCACAAAAACAUCAUCCAUAAGACGGCGGGCAAGCGCUACGUCUACCGCUUCGUCUGUGACAUGCAGGGCAUGCUGGGAAAGUCGGCACAGGAGGUCCUGAGCAGUAUGAACGUUUUACCCACAAACACAGAGUCCUGGCAGGGCUCUGGGGUAUCGACAGCCUCUGAUCACAGCAGUGAAACGUGGGUUUCACAGUAGGGGCCGGCCCCUGGAGCCUCAGUGCUGCUGGCUCACAGACCUGAACGUUUUGAGUACUUCAGCCUUCAAAGUGAACUCUGCUUCCUCAAGCCUCGCGGAAGAGGACGAACUUGUUGUAGGCAGUUUACAGAUGCUGCAUUUCAGGGAAUAAUAAUUAAAAGUAUAUAGAGCCAUAGUGCAGCCAAUAUUUAAUGACAUCAUAUCAUUUUUUCUUAAAUGUUUCUAUAAAAAGAGCUACUUGACCUCAGGUUGUUUUAAGUGCAGCACAGACAUAAGCCAGGGGUAUUUUAAGCACUCGGGUUACUUGUACUUUGUUCCUCUGGGGUUGUUAUGUUUGAUAGUUUGUUUGUUUGUUUUCUAAAGAAAGAAUGGAUUUGUAAAUAGUGUUUAUAUGA